AUGCUCCUCUCACGCCUCCUCCCCCUCAUCCUGUCCCUAACAGGCACGGUCCUCUCCGCCGUCAUCCCGGAGACAGACUACGAUGUCAUCGUCGUCGGCGGUGGUCCAGCAGGUCUUAGUGUACUGAGCGGUCUUGCCCGUGUCCGCCGCAAGGCAGUCAUCUUCGACUCGGGCCACUACCGCAAUGAUCCCACGCGGGAGAUGCACGAUGUUAUUGGGAACGACGGAACACCCCCAGCCGUCUUCCGCGCCGCAGCCCGCGCCCAGAUCUCAAACUACAGCACGGCCUCCUUCAUCGACAACGAAGUCAUCUCCAUCACACCCGUAAACCACACGAACGCCACGACCUUCUUCCGCGCAACGGACUCCACUGGCGCCGAGUACACAGCUCGCAAGGUUGUCCUCGCAACCGGCCUCGUCGACGUCCUCCCCUCAACCCCAGGCCUAAUCGAGGGCUUCGGAAAGGGGAUCUUCUGGUGCCCCUGGUGCGACGGGUACGAGCACCGCGACCAGCCGUUCGGGAUCCUAGGAACCCUCCCCCACAUCGUAUCCAGUGUGCUCGAAGUCUCCACGCUAAACAGCGACAUCAUCGCCUUCGUCAAUGGCUCCUACACGGACGAGUACGUGUCCGCCCUGGAAAGCAGCUCCCCCGACUGGCAGGCGCAGAUGAGCGCGUACAACGUCUCCAUCGACAACAGGACGAUUGAAUCCUUUGAGCGGAUCCAGGACGGCGGCGCCAACCGCAACGACCAGGGGCAGCAGUUUGAUAUCUUCCGCGUGCACUUUACGGAGGGCGAGCCCGUUGAGCGGAAUGCGUUCCUGACGAACUUUGAGACGGCGCAACGCUCGUCUCUCCCGUAUGACCUUGGGCUGGUGAUGCAGAGCGGUAAGAUUGAUACGAGCAUCAACCCGGGUAUGAGGACGAGUCUGCCGGGUGUGUUUGCUGUUGGCGAUUGUAACUCCGAUGGGAGCACGAAUGUGCCUCAUGCUAUGUUCAGUGGAAAGCGAGCGGCGGUUUUUGGGCAUGUUGAACUGGCUCGCGAGGAUAUGGCUGCUGCUAUCUCGAAGCGCUCGCUGUCGACUAGGGCUCUGCACAAGGAGGCCGAGAGGGCCAUGGGUGAUGAGAUGGAGAAGCUCUGGGCGAAGAUCAAGGCGUAA